AGAGGAAAUCGCUGUCGUAGCUCCCGAGUGCAGCACUCUGACCAGCGCUGCGGGCUUCUACUCCAAAUACGCCUUCUACACGCCCGCGUUUGCGGCCAUGUCGAACGCUUUAAUUGUGGCGUCCAAGUGCGAAAAGGGCUAUUACGAGGCGGCCAGAGGUUUCCGGUUCGGUCCGGAUCUUCCUGCAGCUGAAUCCCCUAGUACCGAAAUAAAGUACUGGUCAAGUAGAAACGAUGAAGUUUUCUUGACAAGACUGCAGCAGGCGGUGGUUUUUCUGUUUUCUAUCGGAGCCUACCCGUCUCUUUCCUCGAAGUGGAAGGCGACGUGGGCGCAGGGGUAUUACGCGGAACUCAUGAAGAAUGACAAGGAAAAAAUAGUACGACGCGAACCCGUCGACGUUUACCCGCCGGUUCUCCCCUGGCUGCACUACACAGAAAAUUGCCGUCCGCUGGAGUACAAAGCGGCCUUCGCGGGGUUUCAAGCGACCUUCGCCGUCCCGAUGCUGCGGAGGCGUGGUGGAUCAUUAUUAGCUUCGAACGAUAUUCGUCACAUUGUCGAAAUCGGCGCGGGGCACCUAGCCACGCUCUCCUGGUUCCUUCGUUUCACGGCCCUCGACUUUUUGCAGUGGUUUUUUGAAGUGGUGCGGCAGGAGGGACAGGGACAGCUGGAGGAAAUACAACGUAGUGGACCAGCAAGUGCUAGUGCCGAAAAAGAUGAUGAUGACGAAAAAGAAAACAAAGGCACUGCACCUGCUGAGAGCAAACGCAAAGCCCUCCCGUCAGCAAUCGCGUCGCUGCGAGACGUCUUAGCCGUGUUGACCGCUAGAAGUACGGCGGUGAGCGGAUCGACCCUUCUGCUCGCGCUCUUGCACCAACUGGGGCCGUAUCAAAUGCAAAAAUGUCUGGGUCUGGAAGAGUCAUGCCGUUUUUGCAUGACACAGAAGGUCUGGCAUGGAAGCUCUAGCAUCACAGGUUUCGAGAAGCGUUCGCAAUGCCGAAUCCGCAUGACAAAUCCCUGAUUUCGCGGUUCUGACCCUAGAUUUCCUGCGUCCGUAGCUGCUUGCGGCGACGGUGCAAAGGUUUUUGAUGUGGUGCAGUCGGGUAUGCAUGACAAAUCCCUGACUUUGGUGACAGAAAUUGGGCAAAUUUUGCUGCCUAUGCAUGAGAGAUUUUUCUGUGUUCUGGAAUGCGCAUCACAAGUUUGCACUCUUCCAGACCCGGACACUUUUACAUUUGAUAGGCCGCAGUGGGCGACAUCGCACCGGUUCCGUGGGCCUUGCGUCAUGUCGGAGCUGUUAGAUUUUCCAGGCGGACCCGAGACGAGCGGCGAAAGUGGCUCGGGUGAUCACAACACACGGCCGACGUCGUGCGCGCUGCUUUCCUACACGGUGUUUGACCUGGAGUUUGUGUUGAGACAGCAGGACUGGGCGCUGCGGAGCGAGGAGGUGAAUUUUCUGAAGGGAAUCACGGACAUUGCGCAUCGGUUCGCCUUUCAGAGAGGCGUGGAAGAAGAAAAUGAAAUUGUUCACGAAAAGGAAAAUGAUGCUACUCGUAGUGUCGAUCUCGAAGAUUAUUCAGCGGUGGAUAAAAGAAAUCAACACGAUGAUAUGAUCGCAGAUACCAUAGAACAGUAUCUACGGGAAAACCUUUACGGAUUAGCGUCUCCCUCGUCUUCAUCAUCUCCCCUGUCGUCCCGGUCGACGCAUCAAACCGAGUUUCAAGAAGAGCCAGCUACAGGCCCCUGGGUGAAGAUUCACCUGCGAAGCAACAAGGACUUGGGGCAGGCGGGACGACGAGAGGAGGAAGUUUCUAGCGACAAGGACGUAGUACAGAAGGUUGCAACCGUGGUUGUGGAAGAUGAAGCUCAAAGUAGAAGCCCUGCGAGUAGUACCUUCUCUAUCGAAGAAGAUACGCUCGUUAUCGCGACCCAUUCCUUAUCGGAGAUUGAUUUCGCCGGGUUUCGCACCUACAGCAGGACGAUUUUGCAGAAUUCAAACGUCACCGCGUUGCUGUACUGGCAGAGCCCGACGCAGGAAGCCGCCUUUCCAAGGCAGGAGGAGAGGCUAGAAAUGUUGAAAACGAUUUUUCCUUUUCACGUGAAACAAAACGACGAUAGCAUGAAAGAAGGCAGUGAAGAUGAGACUGAGCACGCUACUAGUGUGGAUACGACUACAAGUGAAGCAGUGCUGACUUCUGAGUCGACCGAAGCUGGUCGUGCAGCGGAACAAAGGGGGAAUACUGCCUUUUUCCAUUCCCAAAACGAGCAAGAAAAGCAUGCGUUUCACA